UGUCUUCACACAUAUCAAGUCUAAUUAAUUCAGGGUAAUAUGUAGAAAUAGACUGGACCUGAUUAAUAAUAAGCAGUGAUAAAUGUAGGCUAAUAGCACUAGUCUAUAUUUGUCUAAAAAUCAAUCAAACAAAUUUUUUUUUACCAAAUGUGAGACCUAGAAAAGUGAUAGAGAGCCUUUAAAUGUGUUUCUUGGAAGCGCUAAAGUCAUUCCUGUACCCUGAGCUCUGUUAAUACGGUUCAGUAAAGCGGUAUGCCAUACAACAUUUUUUUAUUUUUAUUUGUGGCAGCAAUUCAACAAUUCCUAAUUUGAGGCAAUUUCCAAGAACUUGCUUCCAAGCUUGACUUCUCAAAGGUGUUUUCCACCCCGCCUCUAAUUUCGUCAAAAACAAAUUUGGUGUGAGGUGUCCAUGGAGCAGCCAAUCAGAUUAGAGAGGGUGUAGCCAAAGAGGUAUAAAUACUCCAGGUGAUACAGGUAGCAGGUUAUGGUGCACCUGACCAACCCACCUGAUCUGGAUAUACAGUGGGACCAGGAAGACUGCAUUACUCAAACAGCUCGUUUUCCUCUCUGACCUGAAAAACCGAAGGCAACGGACAGAAAUAGGGUGAGCAUGACGUCGUUUGUGCCACAAGCCCUGUCCCCCCAAUUCCACACCAUGGGCCAGGAACCACAAGAGUACAGCCUGUACAACGACAACUUCUACAGCCCUCCGCCUCUGCCGAGCCCACAGCAGACAUUGCCCUCUGCCAGUGACAUGGUGGACUAUGUCACCCCGCCCACCAACCCUUACCUGUGGUUCAGUAGCCCUGGGCUGAACGCUGCGGCCAACCUCGCAGGAGGGCCGCAGCCCUACGGGAUGCAGAGACCCUAUCUUGGUGCUGGAGGAAUGGGGGGCGCAGAAGGGGGUUUUGGCUGGUUUUCUUUGCCUUCUCAAGAAGACCUGAUGAAACUUGUCAGACCACCAUAUUCUUACUCGGCUCUGAUCGCCAUGGCAAUAAACGGCGCCCCAAAUCGCAGGCUCACGCUCAGUCAGAUCUAUCAGUACGUAGCUGACAACUUCCCUUUCUACAACAAGAGCAAAGCCGGCUGGCAGAACUCCAUCCGUCACAAUCUUUCACUCAACGAUUGUUUCAUGAAGGUGCCAAGAGAUGAUGAUGACCCAGGAAAAGGCAACUACUGGACUCUGGACCCAAACUGCGAGAAAAUGUUCGACAACGGUAACUUCCGUCGCAAGAGAAAGAGAAAAUCCGAUUCCCUGCCUGAAGAAGAGGGAAAAGGCUACACGGAAACAGACUCUACUGCGUCCAGCCCAAAAGACCUGAACAACACCAGUCACGAAUCCGAGAGAGCGCCGUCUCCGGUUUCAGCAGCCGCAGCCCCCUGCCUUAAUGGCUUCUUGUCUCAGAUGAAUGAGAUGGUCUCAGGUUCAAGCAGCAUGCGAGAGGGUGCUCUGCUCCCCUCUAUGCCACUGGGUGUGUCUUUGGACGCUCAAAGGGUCUCUCCGGCCGGGGGUUUCAGCUCCUACUCGCCGAGUGCUACGGUACCACAGUGGGAGGCGCAGAUUCCUCCCCCGCCUCAAACGAGCAUCUCUUCCUCGCCCUCUCACUACACAGGCAGCUACAGUGACUCAAUCCUUAGCCAGUUCAGCAGCAAUCUCUACCCAGGCCUGGACUCUGCUGGCAUGGUGUAUCCACGGGAAGGCACCGACGUGUAGAGUAGAAGAGAGGUCAGAAGUGUGUUUUCCACCCUGGCACUUGACAAGGCAGUUGGCUGAAACAGUUACCUAAUUUCCCACAGUGUUGUCUGAGUCAGCAGAUCCAGCACUAAUAGACCAGCUCUCCCCUUCCCCCUAUUGACCCUGGCUGUGUGAAUGCUCGCACACUCAACUCUCAUCUCCAACUGCAUCUCGUUUCAGAAGACGACUAAGUAUUUUUAAUGUGCUGACGAUUUUGUUUUUUUCUUUUUGUAAAAUACUUCCAGCGUAUGAACCGUUUUGUUGUAGUACAUUCAACUGCACUGACUCUAAUGUAUUUGUGUCCUUUUUUUAUAUUUUGUUAUUGUGAUAUAUAGUUAUGUGUGUAUAUGAUUCUGUGCAGAAAUAAAUAACAAAAUGAAA